GAUCGGUGAUGGAGACUUCACAUCGUGGUUCCCUUUUACGCAGAGAAGAUGUGCGCUCGGAUAGUGAAAUCCAACCCGCUCAUGAAGCUGACGGUGCUCUUCACGGCUUCUCUUUCCUGGGCCUUCCAGCAGCCAACUGCACCUCCAAAGUACCAGUACCGUGACCCUGUGACCUCCGACCUGCUGCUGUGUGACCAAUGCCCUCCUGGCACAGCCGUGAAGCAACACUGCACAGUGGUCACGUCCACAGUGUGUCAGCCCUGCCCAGAGAGGCAUUUUGCUGAGAACUGGCACUGGGGCGAUUCGUGUCAGUACUGCACUUUGGUGUGUAAGGAGAGACAGCUUGUUAAACGGCAGUGCAACAGCACCCACGAUCAACUGUGCGAGUGUGCUCCAGGUUUCCACCUAGAGGUGGAAUUCUGCAUCACACACACCACCUGCCGGCCUGGCUACGGAGUGCUGGCAUUAGGUACACCAAUGAGUGACGCCGUGUGUGAGCCUUGUCCUCCUGGACAUUUCUCCAGUGACAGCUCAUCCACUGAUCCAUGUCAGCCCCACAAAAACUGCACAGAUUUGGGAUUGAGGACACUGAGAUGGGGCACAUCCACGUCAGACAGUCUCUGUAGCAAUGUGGACAAGACAGCAACACUUGAGUGUUCUCCGCCUCACACUCAGUGUCAAAGUGAUGUUACUCUGUGCGAGGAGACAAUUUUCCAAUCCCUGGCCUCACUGCGUCUGUCCUCAGUGCCCCUGGAGAGGAUGUUGGAGAGCCUUCCAGGGCGGAGGGUUGAUCGUAAGAGCCUGGAGAGGUUGAAGAAGGCCUGCAGUCCACAACAGCAGGUCCUUCAGCUGCUGCGACUGUGGAGGGAACAAAACAAAGACCAGGAAAAGCUGUAUGGCAUCAUACAAGGUGUGAACCAUUGUGAGCGGAAGGUCUCCCGCUGCACUAGCCUGAAGAACCUGACUCUGGAUGACCUCCUCAUGGUCACCAACAGCCUGCCAGGGGUCAAAGUUCGGCAGGAGGACGUCCGUGCGGUUGUCGCCACUUGCAUGCCCCGGCAGUAUAUCCUGCAGAUUCUGCACCUCUGGAAGAUGGCAAACUAUGACUUGGAUCUAGCCAAAGGUCUGUCUCACAGCCUGAGGGUCCUGCGUAGCCAGAGGGCUCCACGUUACCUCCUGAAAAGCCUGAAGAAGAUCAGCCGCAUCAUAGGGACCACAUCUGUGCACAAAAAGUAUGAAAAGAUGUUUGUGGGUAUGCUUCAGGAUGAGUCAUGUUUGAAGACUCAUAAGCCGUACAAUGAAUAAGGAAAGAGAAUGCAGAAACAUUGCAUAUAGUGAACACACACAAACACAGUGAGCAGGUGGAUAAAUGUAUGUGAAAGAAUACAGAC